GCAACAUCCCAAGGCCCUGAUACACUCACUGCUGUCGCGCUAAAAUGUCACGAUGAGGAAUAAACGGGUUCCUAGUUUGGCUCAUCUGGGUAGUGAGGAUGUUGGGGAAGAAGCUGAGGUGGACCUACCAGUGGCAUGUACAUUUACUGAUCAAGCUAAGCAACGCGAACUACACCAAAAGCAAAUUAACAAAGCAAUUAUUGAAUCACGUUUAAAGACCAAAGCGAUUCGAAAGGCUAAACAUAAUCGACAAAAGCAAGCAACUCAUCAGCUUGAGGAACCAGCUAAUCAAGAAAUUCGAUUUUUACCGAUUAACGAAGCGAAAAAGUCGAAGAAAAAAGAUUCUUUAGAAGAAGAAUUUGACUGUCCGGGAUAUUUUAGAGUGUCAGAUCAUGUUCAUUACAGUGAACCAGAGGACGAUUCAUCUGUACAAAAUGAACUUUCAAACCUGGAUGUGUCAACAUCGUACUCACCGAAUGGAAGCGAAUCGAUUUGCGGUAAUGAAUCCGAUGAGGGUUACGACGGCAGUGAAGAACAAGACAGAAGUAAACUGAAGACGAUACUUUUCGAUGAUACCAAUUUUUCUACUGUCAAACUUACAAAAGGACAUUCCAAAACAUCGGAUUCGGCAGUAUUGGAUCAUAGGACAUGGACAAAAAUAAACCGAUUGAAUGGGAUUCAUGUUCGUAUUCUGGACAGUACUAACAUCGAAAAAAAAGCUCGCCAAGCAUGUGACAGUUUUAGGCGAGAUCAUUUAUUUUCUUCUUCAUACUCUGGAAGGUACGGUAAUGUAAAAAGAAUUGCACCGAAUUUAUUGAAAAACUUAUCAAGGAAAAAGAAAGCUUUGACUGGAGUGCGAUAGCUAUUAGACUGAAAAUCCUGUAAAUAUUAUUUCUGUUGUAUUCUCAACUUCUUGCCUUAACUGAUUUGGAUAAUAGUGAUUUGCUUUUCAUCUGUGCAUUGACACUAUAAACGCACCAACAUCUGAAGGCAAAUUAAGUUUCAGUUUUACCGAAGAAAUUUGUUGUAGUUCAUACUAUUGAAACCAUCCACACCAUUUUAGCAAUUUGGAGGUACAGAAAUGAGAACUGCUGCAGAGCCCCUAAAAUUUGCUUUAACAGUAAUCCAGUUUCUGUGUGGAUUGUUUUACCGCGG